UGUGUCCGUCACGUCUUGUGUUUUGAUAUAUACAUAUACCAUCGUUUCUAGCGAUGCGUUGAAAUCAAUUUUCUACCUUAAAUAGAAAUAUUGGUGUAAUAUCGAUCAGUCUAUAUUGUUUUUGUUUAGUUAGUAACAAAAAUGACGUAUAUAAAUUCUUGGGAGGAGUUCGAGGAGGUUGCUGAGAGGUUAUACCUUCAAGAUCCAAUAAAAACUCGGUAUACGAUGAAAUAUUGCCAUAAGAAAGGUGUUCUAUGUCUAAAGCUAACAGAUAAUCGAACGUGUGUACAAUAUAAAACAGAGAUAGCACAGGACUUAAAGAAGAUGGAAAAAUUUAUAGGAAAUCUGAUGAGGCAUAUGGCAUCUAAAGAGAGCUAAACAAAGGACUAGACAAAAUUAGGGACUCUGUUUUUUAAAGUAAGGAAUAAAAGUGCUGCGCAUUUAAUUCAUUGUUUAUGUUUCAUUUCAUAAGUUUCAGUGACUGAUGGGAUUAUAGAUA